AUAUCAAUCUCUGUCCUCUGCUCACACUGCGUUCGUCUGACUUGGUAGCCUGGGGCGAGCCAGACAUGCGCCUUCAUUGGAUUUCUAAAAGAUAAACAGACAAUUAGGACAAUAUUUUAAUAAAUUCCUCGUGAUUAAGAAUAUAUGUAGACUACUGUAUAUUCCCUAUUCACACGCGUUACAUUGUUAAUCCGAGUAUGCGCACUGAACGCCUCCAUUGUCUACCAGCAGCAAGGAGUGAGAGCGAGCGCGCGGAUAUGAGAGUGCAGGGGAGCGGCAUACAUUGACCCAAAUCUCCGGGAACCGGAGAACAAGCGGACCCGGACACACGUAUGUCGUUGGAAAGACCGACGGGCAGACUGACAGCAACAGUUGUCAUGGAUAUGGUUAUGAUCAGCUGAACCAGUCUUCAAGACAAAAAUAAUAACAUUAAAGGGGGGUAGCCUAGCCUACUGCAGGGAAGCGCGACUGUCGGAACCGUUGUUGCGCUUUGUGCUUGUCAUCAUCCCUGUUGUGAUUUGGAGCAGGCUGUCCUGUCAUUCGUUGUGAGGGGAAAACGUUUUGCGUUUUGCUUAUCUUCAUCAAAGGGAGUUGUUUUUCUGUCAUUCAUUUGACAUCAUCCUCCUAUAAAUGAUCGUUUUUCUCUGUUGAGCUGAAUCAAAACAUUCGAGUCGCUCAUGUUCCUGUCAGGGAAAUGGGCUGUUGCGUCUGUUAUACACAGCUGCUUUAGUCAGACUUGACAACCGGGAUUUUUUAAAGCUGCCGUUUUGUCCCUGGCAAGAGGCGAUCAAGUGCACUGCAGACAGGCGUGUCGGGGGCGAUUCCAGUGACGGCUCUCGACUCUCUGCGGGAGCCCCGUUUCAACAGCCCCCACCCAAUUGUAUCGGGCGAUUUGGAUGGGGGGCAAGCAGAGUACGGCAGGGCGGCCCCGGGGUGCUUUUCACGGUGUCUCGGCGGAUGACAGCGCAGUGGCACCCUCGGCCCACUUUGGGCACUACCGACCAAGUGGCACUAUGGGGUUACGCAGCCGCUCAGUGAGUUCUGUGGCUGGGAUGGGCAUAGAACAUAGUCCUACGGUGCCCUUUGGUUUUUAUACCCCCAGAGGAACAGACUCGGACAGGGCUGGAGGGGGGUCUGGCACUAACGCCGCCCAUGGUAACGGCUACCAGGAAACGGGCAGCGGGCAUCACACGGAUGGUAUGCUCUAUCUGGGCUCCCGAGGGUCGUUGGCAGACACCUUGCCCCUGCACAUUGCACCCCGGUGGUUUAGCGCCCACAGUGGGUUCAAGUGUCCUGUCUGCUCCAAGUCUGUGGCGUCUAAUGAGAUGGAGGUGCACUUCAUCAUGUGUCUAAGCAAGCCCCGCCUGUCCUACAACGAUGACGUGCUGGCCAGGGAUGCCGGGGAGUGUGUAAUCUGUCUGGAGGAGCUGCAGCAAGGAAACACCAUUGCCAGACUGCCGUGCCUCUGCAUCUAUCACAAAAGCUGUAUAGACUCCUGGUUUGAGAUCAAUCGUUCCUGCCCUGAGCAUCCUUCAGACUGACUGACCUCUGUGCUCCUACUCCUACUGUUCAAGGACACUUUAUGUUCCUAUCAUGGAUAUCUGGACACUGAAGUAACCAAAAAAACUAAACAAUCAAAACAAC